GUAGCUUCUGGGGUCAUGCUAGUACGUCGUGCGAAUGCGUCAGUCAAACGAAGGAUACGUGGAAUCAAAGAUACAUCUCGCCAAGCAAAUGUCACCAAAGGAAGGACGAGCAUGCCUCGGCCCUCCUGUGCUUUUAUUACGAUCGUGCCGCAUCUCCUGCCGCGGAGCGACAUCUGGAUAUCGCGAUUCUAUGAUUCGCCACGAGAUUCAGUGCUGUUGGUCAAUAAGACAAAAGAGGAAGACGCCUCGUUGAAUGUUGCCACAACGAAUCGAAGCAGUCAGAGCGAUCGCGAGCGGAACGCUCAUGUUGUGGGACGGCUGUCUUGCGCACGAUUUCGAAUCGUGCGACAGGCCGAGGGAUGGCCGCGCUGUGUGUUCCAAUCUGAGCUGGCGUCUGUCCACUCCAGAGCGACGUAGCUGCUCAUGGCCUGGAACUUGUGCGUUCAAUUUGCCAUAGAGAUAGCGCGGAUGGCGUCCAAUAGGUGGGCUCUGGAAACGACUGGUCUGGCUUCC